GAGCAUAAGAGAGAGAGGAGUGGGGGCACUGAGUCUAGCGGGCUCCAGGCAGGCUCAGGCUUCACAUGCAGUUUUGUCUCAUCGUGUGCACAGUGGACCUUUUUCAGGAGUCAUAUUUACCAUCCAGUUCUCAGCUUUCUCUUGUCGUCUUUCUUCUCCUUCUCACUGAGAUGUUGCAAUGUUCCGUGCUGUCUUGCAAAACGUGGAUUUGUGUUGGGUGAUUUUGUUAUAUUUUGUUUUUGCACCGGAAGCUGGCUGCAGAUCAGCCUAUGCAGACAGCUGUCAUGAGGUGAAGACAGCAUACAUGAUGCGCCAAAUAGGCCAGGUGGAGCUGGUGCCAGACAGACCCCAAACAGAUGACUCUCUCCGGGUGUGUGUCCACUCUGGGCCUGGGUGCUGUACCAGUAAGAUGGAGGAUGAUUACAUGGCUGCUGUCCGCAGCGAGACGCAGCAGAAGAUGCGAUCCUACAGCUUUGAGCUCAAGUACCUGAUCGCGGGACACACCAAAUCCUACCAAGAUACCUUUGAUUCGCUUGUGUCCUUUACAUCUAAUUUGACCAACACCCUGUUUGACAGCGCCUACUCCAGCCUUGCAUCAGACUGUCGCCCCCUUGUACUUCAGCUUUUCAAUGACAUUAAACGCCAUCUUUCGGGAGACCCUAAUUCCUCAUUGGAACAUGCAGUGCUUCGUUUCUAUAAUGAUCUCUUCCCAUUGGUCUAUCGCCGACUUCUUAAUCCUGGUAUUGGCCACAUGUCAGCCCGAUUUUUUUCCUCUCCCUCCGCACCCACUAAUGAAGACUGCCUACGGAUGACGCAACAGGAUAUCAGUCCAUUUGGCCCCCAUCCUCGACUUCUGGUGUCCGGUCUUUCCCGUGCACUUGGAAUUGGCCGAGCACUGAGCCGACUGCUAAGAUUGGCGGGGGACGUUGUGGAUGCAACAGAAAAGGCAACGUUAUCUAGAGAGUGUGGGCGGGGCUUAGUAAGGAUGCAGUACUGUUCCCAUUGCAGAGGUCUGACGUUGAUAAGGCCCUGUACUGGACUGUGUGUUAAUGUUAUGAGAGGAUGCCUGGUGGGGAUAUCGGAGCUUGCUACCCCCUGGAGGAGUUUGGUCAUAUUGCUCCAACAGUUAGCAGCUACUUUAGCGACCAGCAGCAACCACAAUAGCAUGGAGCUCGCGCUGUUGGCGAUCAGGAACCAUGUGAAUGACGCCAUCCUGCACGCACAGCUGCAUGGGCCACGAAUCACAGCAAUAGUAGAGAAGGUGUGUGGACCUCAGGCAGGUGGUCCUCUGAUGAUAAGCAAACAUCCUCACAUCUCACACGUUACAACCCCUGCUGCUUCUAUGGCACAAAUAACCUCAAAGAGGGCGUCCAUGACUUUUCCCUCAAUGGGAUCUGGUGCUCAUCCACAUCUGCAGCUUCAAGCACAAAGGUCCUUCCCUCUCAAAGGCUCCAGAGGUGACAAGAGUCGUAGUUUGAAAAAACUGUCAAGGGAAUUUGAAGGUUCCAUUCAGCGGUACCAGUGGUUUUUCUCAGAGCUACCCGAGAUGCUUUGUGAAAGUGAGAUGGAGGUUGAGCAGCACACAUGUUGGAGUGGUCAAGAUGUCGUGGAGAGUUAUGCAGGUCGUGUGGUUGGAAGCACUUUAAGAGGCCAAAGGGAGAACCCAGAGAUGACUGUCCGUUAUACUGAUCCUGUUCUAAAGGGGGCGAAACAAAGGCUGGAGCAGCUCACACAGGAACUUCGAUUGGAACUUGGCUGGGGAAACAAAGCCAGACGAAAGGGGGAUGAAGAGGAGGGUGGGAGUGCGGAAACUGGCACAGGGAGCGGAGACGAUUGUGACGAUGAAGACGGCUGUGAGGCAUCUGGUGAGGUGAACGGUGCUGACACAGAUGAUUUGUCCAGUGGUCAUAGUCCAGUGACAGAUGGCAAGGCUCCUCCUCCUCAUCACCGCAUUCCUCCUCAUCUCAGCUCUCCUCCACUGGUGCCUAUUAAAGGGUCAGCCAACAUGCUGACUGUUCAACGACUACAUUUGAUCCUGCUGACCCUGCUGUUGUUGCUGUCAUCAUGAACCAGGAACCCUGCUGACUCUUGGCUGACAGAUCCACAGACUGACAAACAGCCACAUUCUUUAUGUGGAUGUGGUUGUUGUUUGGUAUUUGGUAUUUAAAAUAUUUUAAAGCACAGUUCGGCCACUCUGUUACUUUGUGGAUGGUGAAGAUAAACUGUUGGUCCAUGCAUGUGCGCUGUGAGCAUUUUUAUAUUUGACCUGUACUGACCUCUGUGUGCUCACUUGUAUCUACGGUAACUUUCAUAGCAUAGAUUGCACUACUACUUUUUUCAAGCGGUGUACAUACAAAUCUAUAUAUUAUAUAUUUAUAUAAAGAUGUCAUGUAGAUUGUUCUGUAAAAUAGCGUUUAAUAUAGAUUAUAGAUAUAAAAGGAUGAUUUACACAGUAAUUAAAGCAACGCUGAAUCCACAUCUGAUCAUCUGAAGAGUGGUGUGAAAAAGUGUUUGCCCCCUUCUUGAGUUCUUAUUGUUUUGCAUGUUUGUUACACGUCGGUGUUUCACCGUACUACAGUGCUGAUAGGAAGGUCAUACAAGUUCAGGUAAAAAAAUCCAAACUAUCCUUUCAAGGGAGAAAAAAAUCCAAACCUACAUGGCCCUGUGUGAAAAAGUGAUUGCCCCCACGUUAAAACAUAACUGAGAUAAAUUGAGAUUUCUGGGAAAGGUUCUAAAGUCAUUUCUAAAGCUUUGAGACUCCAGCGAACCACAGUGAGACCCAUUAUCCACAAAUGGCCAAAACAUGGAACAGUGGUGAACCUUCCCAAGACUGGCCAACCAACCAAAAUGACCCCCAGAGCGCAGCGACGACUCAUUCAAGAGGUCACAAAAGACCCCACAAUAACGUCCAAAGGACUGUAGACCUCACUUGCCUCAGUUAAGGUCAAUGUUCAUGACUCCACCAUAGGAAAGAAAGAAGAAAAACAGGCUGUAUGGCAGUUGCCUUGAGUUCCAAGACAAAAACCACUGCUGAACAAAAUGAACAUUAAGGCUUGUCUCAAUUUUGCCAGAAAACAUCUUGAUCCCCAAGACCUUUGGGAAAAUACUAUUUUUUUUAACUUUUUGGGAAGGUGUGUGUCCCAUUACAGCUGGCUUAAAAGUAAUGCCGCAUUUCAGAAAAACAUCAUCAUGCCAACAGUAAAAUAUGGUGGUGGUAGUGUGAUGGCCUGGGGCUGUUUUGCUCUUUCACAAGCUGCAAGACUUGCUGUGAUAAAUGGAACCAUGAAUUGUGCUGUCUACCAAAAAAAUCCUGAAGGAGAACAUCCGGCCAUCUGUUCGUGACCUACAACUGAAACCAACUUGGGUCCUGCAGCAGGACAGGAGUGGCCUAGUCAAAGUCCUAACUUGAAUCCUAUUCAGAUGCUGUGGCAUGACCUUAAAAAGGCGGUUCAUGCUGGAAAAUCCUCCAGUGUGGCUGAAUUACAACAAUUCUGCAAAGAUGAGUGGGCCAAAAUUGCUCCACAGCUCUGUAAGAGACUCAUUGCAAGUUAUCGCAAAGAUUUGAUUGCAGUUGUUGCUAAGGGUGGCCAAAGCUGUGUCCCCCCCCCAAUACCGCCAAUCAAAUAUGUUUUAUUUUUGGGCAAUGACUGUUGUAAUUUAAAAAAUGUUACAUUGUAAUUAACCUGAAGGCUGAGGCCCCGCGGCACCCGCGCCCUCGCUUCUUCUUUGAUUUGAUCCACAUCACGUGGUGGACACUUUUGACCAGCGCCUGUAGGGGGGCGCCCAUCUGCCACACAUAUGUGCUGACUUGAUGAGGAUUUGAUGAGCGAUGAGCAUUGGUAAAUAGGAUUUUUUUUUCUUUCCCUUCCGCGCAACGCCCCCUGGCCCAUGUGGCCCAUAGCUGGAACCGCCACUGCCAACCAGUUAUUACGUUUAGGGGGCAAUCACUUUUUCACAUACGGCCAUGUAGGUUUGGAUUUUUUUUUGUCCCUUAAUAAUAAAAAGUUUCAUUUAAAAACUGCAUAUUGUGGUCAGUUGUGUUGUCAUUGAACAAUAUUUAAAUUUCUUCGAUGAUCUGAAACAUUUAAGUGUGAUAAACGUGCAAAAAAAUAAGAAAUCAGAAACAAAGCACUUUUUCACACCACUGUAGCUCACACAUCAUCCCAUCCUCCUGGCUCUUUGUUGAGUUCCCUGCCACUCCCCAAACUGCACUGCAACAAGGUAGACAAGCGGAAUACUGAUGAAUAUAUUCAAAAGUGUGCAAAUUAACCAGCUGAAGGGCGCUUUGCAUAUCUGUCAGUGGGUGACUGACUUUCUUCUUAAAUGCAUCACGCUGUUACGCAUGUAUUAACUUCCAGGGAUAUACCAACAUGAUUAUAAGAGCAAGACUACAUGUUUUGUCCUGGCAUGCAUUUUACAUGUAGAGUAAGAUGUGCCCUUUUGUGUCAGAAAGCGAACAUGUGAAUAUUAACAAUAGUAAUAAACUUGUGCCUCUGAAUGAAUUUCCUUCCAUUGGAUGCACUCAAAUUAUGAAAGAAAGUGACCAUGCUGAGACGGUAUUAAAAGAAAAACAUGAAUUUAGAGGCGUAGGGUGCUUUUACAGCAUCUCUCAAAUACAUGGAGUUACAUGAUAAAGAAUUAAACCUUUUACAUGAAUUAUUUUUAUUUUCAUUAGAGGCAUCCCAUUCAUUUUUGGUAGCCUUUGCCUGGUACCUGAUCUUUUGUGUGUUGUAAGAGCUGGACAAGAUAACAUUAUUUAAAGAGGGCAUAUUAUGAAAAACUGACAUUUUAAUUGCUUACAUAUGCAUAUUUUGGCAUAGGGUGAAAUUACACAAGCAGGUAAUGUUUAUAUUUGCUGCCUUUUUAUGUCUCCACACAAAACUCGCCCUCUCACUUAGUUUCUUUGCGCAUGACUUGGAAGAGCCCCGGGGCAAAGAUCUGCCAAUUUAAGGAUUGUUUUAGUCGGUACAUUUUUUUUUGUAUAUUAAGGCCCUGUGACAACUUGACGAUUUAGCCAGCGUAAGCCAACGCAUGAAAAAUUUGGCCAAUACGCUGGCGUACGUUGAAUAAGUUAUGGGUAAGUUUUGUAUAAGUUAAGAGCACGCUGAAGCACGCCGGCAUACGUCGUAGUACGUCCAAGUCGUCCAAAAAUUUGGUGCAUGCACAAAACUUUUCGACGUAUGUCACUGUAUGAUUCAUACGUCCCGCAUACGUGGGCAAUAAGUUAUGCCAUCGUUGAUGCCCGUUCACACACGUUAUUGUAAGUUACGCACAAGUCGUAAUACGUCAACAUACCUUGAGACAAAAAUGUGUCUUCUUGGCUCUCUUCUUGGCAAGGGUUGGCUGAGAGGAGAUGGAGGUCACUGGGGAAGCAGCUUCCGAUACCAUUGACGAUGCCUGAGAGGCGUUAGAACCUGCGUCACCCCAUCAGAGUGAGAGUGGGAGUGGGAGGCUGUGGGUGGUGAUGGAUCCCUCCGUCACUGCCCUGAUACUUCUUGGCAGCGGUCUUUGAAAUUUUCUUCGGCAUGGAUGGAUGGAUGAUGGUGAUGUUGACACUGCGAUGUCUAGUGAGGUUAUGAUUUGAGUCAUCAAGUGGCAGCCUUUUUAUAGGCUACUGCACGUGAUCGUCGGCCAUACGCUGCCGUGCGGUUUGCAUAAGUUAGACUGGCGUUGGGCAUAAGUUGUGAACGCCAGAAACACGCUACGUAUUCGUUGAUAUAAGUUGUCUAUAAGUUAUAGAAACGUUCUAUAUAAAUUACUAAUACGUCAUGCAUACGUCGAGCUCAUUAUGAAUACGCUAUGUAUACGCCCAAAAUUGAAAAAAACGCCGACAGUUCAACAUAUGCCAUCAAAAUGAUCACGUCGGGCAUGCGCUGGCUAAAUCGUCAAGGUGUGACAGGGCCUUAAAGUAUGUCUUCU